AUGGAGGCGAGAACGUUGCUUACAUUGAUGGUCUUUUCCUCACUCAUAGUAUUAGCAGAAACUAUUGCUCAAAAGCAUGCUAUUGAAAUCUACAGCCUCCAUGUGGACUGCAAGGUCACGUCACGGUUUGCUCACACCAUCAUCACCAGCAAAAUUGUCAACAGAGCUAAUGACUCCAGAGAGGCAACCUUUGAAGUGGAGCUACCCAAGACGGCUUUCAUCACCAACUUCUCCAUGUCCAUCGAUGGUAAAGUAUACCCAGGAAUAAUAAAGGAGAAAGCUUCUGCUCAAAAGGAAUAUGACACUGCGGUCUCGCACGGGCAGAGCGCCGGCCUCGUCAAAAUCACAGGCAGAAAACUGGAGCAGUUUCACGUUUCCAUCAGCAUUGCGGCCGCCAGCAAAGUCACUUUUGAGCUGACAUAUGAGGAACUGUUGAAGCGGCAACUGGGGAAGAUCGAGCUGCUGAUCAAGGUCCGACCGAAGCAGCUUGUUGAGCACUUCCAGAUUGAUGUGCACAUCUUUGAACCCCAAGGCAUACGCUUCCUGGAGACAGACAGCACGUUCAUGACAAAUGAGUUAACUGAGGCGCUCACAAAAGUGCAGAACGAAACCAAGGCCCAUAUUUUAUUUAAGCCAACUGUAGAUCAACAGAAGAUAAAUCCUGAACUUGAUGAAACCCUCCUCAAUGGUGAUUUUGUUGUGCGUUACGAUGUUAAGAGAGAGGCCACUGCAGGGGAUAUACAGAUUGUCAAUGGGUAUUUUGUGCAUUACUUCGCACCCCCUGAAAUGCCGGUGUUUCCCAAAAAUGUCAUCUUUGUUAUAGAUCGAAGUGGCUCCAUGGCAGGCAGGAAAAUUGAACAGACGAGGGAUGCUCUGUUGAAGAUUUUGAAAGACCUCCGCCCAGAAGAUCAUUUCAGCGUUAUCACCUUUAACAGCAAAGUGGUGGAGUGGAAAAGCUCUUUGCUGCAAGCCACUGCAGAGAACGUGGCAAGUGCUGCAGGAUUCGUGCAAACUCUUUCUGCUAGUGGAGGCACGGAUAUCAAUCGUGCCCUGCUGACUGCCGUGAGCGUGCUGGAUAAAGCCGAGAGGCUGCCAGAACAGAGUGUCUCCAUGAUUAUUUUGCUGACAGACGGCCAGCCCACUUCUGGUGAGAGUAAUGUGGGAGUCAUUCAAGAAAACAUUCAGAAAGCAGUCAAUGGGAAAUAUGCUCUUUUCUGCCUUGGCUUCGGGUUUGAUGUCAGUUAUAAGUUUCUGGAGAAAAUGGCCCUACGCAAUGGGGGAAUAGCACGUCGUAUAUAUGAAAACGCUGAUGCAGCCUUACAGCUCCAGGGCUUUUAUCAAGAGGUGGCUACCCCAAUAUUAAUGAAAAUUGAAAUGCAGUAUCCAGAAAAUGCCGUUGAGGGAUUAACCAAGAACAAUUUCAAGCUGUUUUUUGAAGGAUCUGAAAUUAUAGUAUCUGGAAAAAUUAGCAAUGAGCUUGAUCUUUUGCCAGUAGAAAUUAAAGCUCAGUCACAUUCUAGUGACUUGACUCUUAAAGAAGAAGCCAAAGUCAAAGAGAAGGAGGAAGUAUUUCAAAAUCAAAGUUACAUCUUUGGAAAUUUCAUAGAGAGACUGUGGGCUUACUUAACCAUUCAACAGCUUCUGGAAAAAUCUAUUUCAGCACAAGAAGAGGACCAGAAGACCCUGGAGGCACAGGCCUUAGAGCUGUCUCUGCGGUACAGCUUCGUUACGCCCCUCACUUCCAUGGUGGUCACCAAACCCGCUGGCCAGCAGCAGAUGGAGCUGGCGAACAAACCCACCGAAGCUGAUAAUGAGAAGCCCAGCAGUUUUCCAGUAGGAGGUGCCACGCCCUACGUCGGUGUGAUGGUCGGGCAGGCACGGCUGCUGGAGGGCACAGGGAUGUCCCCACUGGAUCUGGGUAUUUCAGUUGUCAGGCUAAGAGACAAAAUGAGAGCACAACCUCUUGCCAAUGAAUAUCCACAGCUUCUCUUACAAUUACCCAGACAAAAUGAAAUAAUCUGUUUAAAUACUGACAGAAAAGCACAGCCCUCUGUCCACCUGCUGUCAGAUCCAGAGCAAGGACUCACUGUGACGGGGAAACUUGGAGACAGAAUAAACCGCUUUGUGCAGUUUGAAAUUAACUAUGUGAAUCUCCCUGUGCGAAUCCACGUCUCCAUGGAUGAGAUCGUCCUAAGCCACAAUAACGAGAGCACUCGGCUGCCAUGGACGGAAUCAGCUACCUCCACCCUCCAGGGGCUGAGAGUCUCCGUUGAGAAGGAAAGGAGUGUUACAGCAUCAUUGUCUGAUACAGUCACAGUAAAAAUUUCCUUUGUAAAGUUUCCAGACUAUUUCCUUGGUCUGUAUUUCUUGAACACCGACCGUUUCUCUGACAAAGUCAGUGGACUUCUGGGUCAAUUUUAUUCAAAAGCACAAUUUGCGAAUAAUUCCAACAUCAAUCAGAGAGCUGAUGAACGACUCCUAAGUGUGUCUGGGUCUGAGCACAAAGUAACCAGGCAAUACAAGAAAGAUUACAGGCUUGAGUCAACCAGUGAUCCUGUGUCCUGCUGGUCAAUAGAUGUAACUCCCUAG